AUGACUCGAUGGGGGGAGUUUGAAGACCUUCAUCAGAUCAACGAGAUAGAUGAGAACAACAAGCAGGAUCCUGCAGAGGAGACCAACAACUACACUACAGGUAACCUCACCUUAACCACGCUACAGGUAACCUCACCUUAACCCCACUACAGGUAACCUCACCUUAAUGUCACUAUAACAACCACACUACAGGUAACCUCACCUUAACAACCACACUACAGGUAACCUCACCUUAACCACGCUACAGGUAACCUCACCUUAACAACACUACAGGUAACCUCACCUUAACAACACUACAGGUAACCUCACCUUAACAACACUACAGGUAACCUCACCUAAACUUCACUAUAACCACAUUACAGGUAACCUCACCAUAACAACCACACUACAGGUAACCUCACCUUAACAACCCCACUACAGGUAACCUCACCUUAACCACGGUAAGAGGCAGGUUAUAGGACUACAUCAUGACGGAGCAGUGACUGUCUGAUGAGGAAUGGGACCCGUCUUACCGCAGUCAGUGGUGUACUUCAAAGUACUACUUAAGUAGUUUUUUUUUUUGGUAUCUGAACUUCACUAUUUAUAUUUUGGACAACUUUUACUUCACUACAUUCCUAAAGAAAAUAAUGUCCUUUCUACUCCAUACAUUUUCCCUGACGCCCGAAAGUACUAGUUACAUUUUGAAUGCUUAGCAGGACAGGAAAAUGGUCCAAUUCAGGCACGUAUCGAGAGAACAUCCCUGGUCAUCCCUACUGCCUCUGGCCUGGCUGACUCACUAAACACACAUACUUCAUUUGUAAAUUAUGUCUGAGUGUUGCAGUGUGCCCCUGACUAUCUGUCAAUUUUAAAAAUAAGAAAAUCGUGCAGCCUGGUUUUCUUAGUAUAAAUCAUUUCAAAUUCCUUAUAUUUAACUUUAAAUACAUAAGUACAUUUGAUCAAUUUAAUUUACUUUUGAUACUUAAGUAUGUUUAAAACCAAAUACCUUUAGACUUUUACUCAAGUAGCAUUUUACUGGGUAAUUCACUUUUACUCAAAUCAUUUUCUAUUAACGUAUCUUUACUUGUACUUAAGUAUGACAACUGGGUAUUUCUCCCCACCACUGGGGUCUAUCUAGGUUAUAGGACUACAUCAUGGUGGGACCGUAGUGAUCUAGGUUAUAGGACUACAUCAUGGUGGGACCGUAGUGAUCUAGGUUAUAGGACUACAUCAUGAUGGGACCGUAGUGAUCUAGGUUAUAGGACUACAUCAUGGUGGGACCGUAGUGAUCAAGGUUAUAGGACUACAUCAUGGUGGGACCGUAGUGAUCUAGGUUAUAGGACUACAUCAUGAUGGGACCGUAGUGAUCUAGGUUAUAGGACUACAUCAUGGUGGGACCGUAGUGAUCUAGGUUAUAGGACUACAUCAUGAUGGGACCGUAGUGAUCUAGGUUAUAGGACUACAUCAUGGUGGGACCGUAGUGAUCUAGGUUAUAGGACUACAUCAUGGUGGGACCGUAGUGAUCUAGGUUAUAGGACUACAUCAUGAUGGGACCGUAGUGAUCUAGGUUAUAGGACUACAUCAUGAUGGGACCGUAGUGAUCUAGGUUAUAGGACUACAUCAUGGUGGGACCGUAGUGAUCUAGGUUAUAGGACUACAUCAUGGUGGGACCAUAGUGAUCUAGGUUAUAGGACUACAUCAUGGUGGGACCGUAGUGAUCUAGGUUAUAGGACUACAUCAUGGUGGGACCGUAGUGAUCUAGGUUAUAGGACUACAUCAUGGUGGGACCGUAGUGAUCUAGGUUAUAGGACUACAUCAUGGUGGGACCGUAGUGAUCUAGGUUAUAGGACUACAUCAUGAUGGGACCGUAGUGAUCUAGGUUAUAGGACUACAUCAUGAUGGGACCGUAGUGAUCUAGGUUAUAGGACUACAUCAUGGUGGGACCGUAGUGAUCUAGGUUAUAGGACUACAUCAUGGUGGGACCGUAGUGAUCUAGGUUAUAGGACUACAUCAUGAUGGGACCGUAGUGAUCUAGGUUAUAGGACUACAUCAUGGUGGGACCGUAGUGAUCUAGGUUAUAGGACUACAUCAUGAUGGGACCGUAGUGAUCUAGGUUAUAGGACUACAUCAUGGUGGGACCGUAGUGAUCUAGGUUAUAGGACUACAUCAUGGUGGGACCGUAGUGAUCUAGGUUAUAGGACUACAUCAUGGUGGGACCGUAGUGAUCUAGGUUAUAGGACUACAUCAUGGUGGGACCGUAGUGAUCUAGGUUAUAGGACUACAUCAUGGUGGGACCGUAGUGAUCUAGGUUAUAGGACUACAUCAUGGUGGGACCGUAGUGAUCUAGGUUAUAGGACUACAUCAUGGUGGGACCGUAGUGAUCUAGGUUAUAGGACUACAUCAUGAUGGGACCGUAGUGAUCUAGGUUAUAGGACUACAUCAUGAUCAAAGAGGCAAGGAGGGGAAAGAGAGAGUUGGAAAGAAAUGAAAUCCAAGGCAGACGUCGGGAGGUUGAAGGCGCCAAAGUACGAAUAGCGGUGAGCCAUCGUCAGGAAAUGAGCUUAUCAAGGUGUCAAGCUCAUUGGAUGAACUCUCCAAGGGCACCUGGUGGGCGAUAAAUAACAAUGUUAAGCUUGAGUGGACAAGUGACAGUGACAUCAUGGAAUUCAAAUGAGGAGGUGGACAGGUGAGGGAGGGAGAACAGAGAGCAUCUCCACCUAGGAGGAAUGAGCAGCCCUGUGCCAUCACCACGACGACCAGAUGCUCUCGGACUAUGAGAGAAAACGUAGUCAGAUGAAGAGAGAGCAGCUGGAGUAGCGGUGUUCUCUGGGGUGAUCCAUGUCUCCAUCAGGGCCAAAAAAGUCAAGAGACUGAAGGGCAGCAUAGGCUGAGAUGAACUCUGUGAUCUUGACCGCAGAUCAGCAGUUCCAAACGCUGCCAGAGACCAGGAAUUCCACAUGGGUUGUGCGCGCAGGGUACACUAAACUACAAGGGUCCACUACAUUAGAAGGGUACACUAAAUUAGAAGGGUUGCAGCCAAGGGGUGGGGAGCGUCUGUAAAGCCUACAGGGAGAGGAGCAGCCAAGGGGUGGGGAGCAGCCAAGGGGUGGGGAGCAGCCAAGGGGUGGGGAGCAUCUGUAAAGCCUACAGGGAGAGGAGCAGCCAAGGGGUGGGGAGCGUCUGUAAAGCCUACAGGGAGAGGAGCAGCCAAGGGGUGGGGAGCAGCCAAGGGGUGGGGAGCAGCCAAGGGGUGGGGAGCAUCUGUAAAGCCUACAGGGAGAGGAGCAGCCAAGGGGUGGGGAGCGUCUGUAAAGCCUACAGGGAGAGGAGCAGCCAAGGGGUGGGGAGCGUCUGUAAAGCCUACAGGGAGAGGAGCAGCCAAGGGGUGGGGAGCAUCUGUAAAGCCUACAGGGAGAGGAGCAGCCAAGGGGUGGGGAGCAGCCAAGGGGUGGGGAGCAGCCAAGGGGUGGGGAGCAUCUGUAAAGCCUACAGGGAGAGGAGCAGCCAAGGGGUGGGGAGCAUCUGUAAAGCCUACAGGGAGAGGAGCAGCCAAGGGGUGGGGAGCAGCCAAGGGGUGGGGAGCAGCCAAGGGGUGGGGAGCAUCUGUAAAGCCUACAGGGAGAGGAGCAGCCAAGGGGUGGGGAGCGUCUGUAAAGCCUACAGGGAGAGGAGCAGCCAAGGGGUGGGGAGCAUCUGUAAAGCCUACAGGGAGAGGAGCAGCCAAGGGGUGGGGAGCAGCCAAGGGGUGGGGAGCAGCCAAGGGGUGGGGAGCAUCUGUAAAGCCUACAGGGAGAGGAGCAGCCAAGGGGUGGGGAGCAUCUGUAAAGCCUACAGGGAGAGGAGCAGCCAAGGGGUGGGGAGCAGCCAAGGGGUGGGGAGCAGCCAAGGGGUGGGGAGCAUCUGUAAAGCCUACAGGGAGAGGAGCAGCCAAGGGGUGGGGAGCAUCUGUAAAGCCUACAGGGAGAGGAGCAGCCAAGGGGUGGGGAGCAUCUGUAAAGCCUACAGGGAGAGGAGCAGCCAAGGGGUGGGGAGCAGCCAAGGGGUGGGGAGCAUCUGUAAAGCCUACAGGGAGAGGAGCAGCCAAGGGGUGGGGAGCAUCUGUAAAGCCUACAGGGAGAGGAGCAGCCAAGGGGUGGGGAGCAUCUGUAAAGCCUACAGGGAGAGGAGCAGCCAAGGGGUGGGGAGCAGCCAAGGGGUGGGGAGCAGCCAAGGGGUGGGGAGCAUCUGUAAAGCCUACAGGGAGAGGAGCAGCCAAGGGGUGGGGAGCAGCCAAGGGGUGGGGAGCGUCUGUAAAGCCUACAGGGAGAGGAGCAGCCAAGGGGUGGGGAGCAGCCAAGGGGUGAGGAGCAUCUGUAAAGCCUACAGGGAGAGGAGCAGCCAAGGGGUGGGGAGCAUCUGUAAAGCCUACAGGGAGAGGAGCCAACAGGUAUAAAAAACACACACAGAGUUGACAAAGCAACAAAAUAGUAAAAUUAGAUAAUCUGUAAAUAACUAGGUAAAAUACUCAAGUGAGAGAGUGGUGUUGAGCCUCCCUCUCUUUCCUUCCUUCCUCGAAUAACCUCGCAGAACAACUUGGCAGAACCGUCUUAGUUUUGUGACAAAACCGCCACUGACACAUCUACCGCUGAGAAACCAGGGGAGACUGAAGAACGAACUCUAAUUGCCUAGCUGAGGUGGAAAGCACAUCUCCCUGUACUAAUUGCUGAUUGCCUUGGAGAGGAGAAACCACUCCCCCCCCAAUACAGCCACUGAUUACCAAAACAUGUCACAAAUUGCCCCGCCCCUUGAUCCUGGUUGAAGUGUCAACAACUAUUUACAUUUUAGUCAUUUAGCAGACGCUCUUAUCCAAACGUACACACUUAGUGAGUGCAUACGUUUUUUUUUUUCUUCCCAUACUGGCCCCCCGUGGGAAUCGAACACACAACCCUGGCGUUGCAAGCGCCAUGCUCUACCAACUGAGCUACACUUUUCUAUCUGCAAGUUAUGAGCAGUCAGCAGUUCACACAUCAAGUAGACCACUGGGAAGACAGGAAGCACUUAAAGUACAUGGCCCUGGAUAGCAACAAGACAGCACUAGACCACAACAGAUAAACCUUAUCACUCCUGGAGAUAUCAGGAGUCCUCUAGCUAUGGAAUCACUCCUGGAGAUAUCAGGAGUCCUCUAGCUAUGGAAUCACUCCUGGAGAUAUCAGGAGUCCUCUAGCUAUGGAAUGAAGCACAUUGAGAUGGAGCCUGAGAAGCUGGUUAUAUACACUCAGAAAAGAGAUGAAACCACCCCCCCUCCAAUACAUUCACUGAUUACCAAAACAAGUAUUAUGGGGUAUUAUGGGGUAUUAUGGGGUAUUAUGGGGUAUUGUGUGUAGAUGGGUGAAUAAAAAUAUGUUUCAUCCAUUUUGAAUUCAGGCUGUAACAACAAAAUGUGGAAUAAGUGAAGGGCUAUGAAUACUUUCUGAAGGCACCGCAUUUAUUGAAAGGAUAUAGCAUGUAGGAAUAGGCUAAUUACUCUGAAUUUCAUUUGUAUACUGUCCUGCUGUAUACUGUCCUACUGUCCUACUGUGUACUGUCCUACUGUGUACUGUCCUACUGUCCUGCUGUGUACUGUCCUACUGUCCUACUGUGUACUGUCCUGCUGUGUACUGUCCUACUGUGUACUGUCCUGCUGUGUACUGUCCUACUGUCCUACUGUGUACUGUUCUGCUGUGUACUGUCCGACUGUAUACUGUCCUGCUGUGUACUGUCCUGCUGUGUACUGUCCUACUGUCCUACUGUGUACUGUCCUGCUGUGUACUGUCCUGCUGUGUACUGUCCUACUGUCCUACUGUGUACUGUCCUGCUGUGUACUGUCCUACUGUCCUACUGUGUACUGUCCUGCUGUGUACUGUCCUACUGUCCUGCUGUAUACUGUCCUGCUGUGUACUGUCCUACUGUGUACUGUCCGACUGUAUACUGUCCUGCUGUAUACUGUCCUACUGUGUACUGUCCUGCUGUGUACUGUCCUACUGUGUACUGUCCUGCUGUGUACUGUCCUGCCGUGUACUGUCCUGCUGUGUACUGUCCUACUGUGUACUGUCCUGCUGUGUACUGUCCUACUGUGUACUGUCCUGCUGUGUACUGUCCUGCCGUGUCCUGUCCUGCUGUGUACUGUCCUGCUGUGUACUGUCCUGCUGUGUACUGUCCUACUGUGUACUGUCCUAAUGUGUGCUGUCCUACUGUGUACUGUCCUACUGUGUACUGUCCUGCUGUGUACUGUCCUGCUGUGUCCUGUCCUGCUGUGUACUGUCCUGCUGUGUACUGUCCUACUGUGUACUGUCCUAAUGUGUGCUGUCCUACUGUGUACUGUCCUACUGUGUACUGUCCUGAUGUGUACUGUCCUGCUGUGUCCUGUCCUGCUGUGUACUGUCCUGCUGUGUACUGUCCUGCUGUGUACUGUUCUGCUGUGUACUGUCCUGCUGUGUACUGUCCUACUGUGUACUGUCCUAAUGUGUGCUGUCCUACUGUGUACUGUCCUACUGUGUACUGUCCUGCUGUGUACUGUCCUGCUGUGUCCUGUCCUGCUGUGUACUGUCCUUCUGUGUACUGUCCUACUGUGUACUGUCCUGCUGUGUACUGUCCUGUUGUGUACUGUCCUGCUGUGUACUGUCCUGCUGUGUACUGUGUACUGUCCUACUGUGUACUGUCCUAAUGUGUGCUGUCCUACUGUGUACUGUCCUACUGUGUACUGUCCUGCUGUGUAAUGUCCUGCUGUGUCCUGUCCUGUUGUGUACUGUCCUGAUGUGUACUGUCCUGCUGUGUACUGUCCUACUGUGUACUGUCCUGCUGUGUACUGUCCUGCUGUGUCCUGUCCUGCUGUGUCCUGUCCUGCUGUGUCCUGUCCUGCUGUCCUACUGUGUACUGUCCUACUGUGUACUGUCCUGCUGUGUAAUGUCCUGCUGUGUCCUGUCCUGUUGUGUACUGUCCUGAUGUGUACUGUCCUGCUGUGUACUGUCCUACUGUGUCCUGUCCUGCUGUGUACUGUCCUGCUGUGUCCUGUCCUACUGUGUACUGUCCUGCUGUGUACUGUCCUGCUGUGUCCUGUCCUGUUGUGUACUGUCCUGCUGUGUACUGUCCUGCUGUGUACUGUCCUACUGUGUACUGUCCUGCUGUGUACUGUCCUGCUGUGGACUGUCCUGCUGUGUACUGUCCUGUUGUGUACUGUCCUGCUGCGUACUGUCCUGCUGUGUACUGUCCUGCUGUAUACUGUCCUGCUGUGUACCGUCCUGCUGUGUACUGUCCUGCUGUGUACUGUCCUGCUGUGUACUGUGUACUGUCCUACUGUGUACUGUCUUGCUGUGUACUGUCCUACUGUCCUGCUGUCCUGCUGUGUACUGUCCUACUGUCCUGCUGUGUACUGUCAUGCUGUGUACUGUCCUACUGUGUACUGUCCUACUGUCCUGCUGUGUACUGUCCUGCUGUGUACUGUCCUACUGUGUACUGUCCUGCUGUGUACUGUGUACUGUCCUACUGUGUACUGUCCUACUGUCCUGCUGUGUACUGUCCUACUGUGUACUGUCCUACUGUCCUGCUGUGUACUGUCCUACUGUGUACUGUCCUACUGUGUACUGUCCUACUGUCCUGCUGUGUACUGUCCUGCUGUGUACUGUCCUACUGUGUACUGUCCUACUGUCCUGCUGUGUACUGUCCUACUGUGUACUGUCCUACUGCGUACUGUCCUACUGUGUACUGUCCUGCUGUGUACUGUCCUGCUGUGUACUGUGUACUGUCCUGCUGUGUACUGUCUUGCUGUGUACUGUGUACUGUCCUGCUGUGUACUGUCCUGCUGUGUACUGUCCUGCUGUGUACUGUCCUGCUGUGUACUGUCCUACUGUGUACUGUCCUACUGUGUACUGUCCUGCUGUGUACUGUCCUACUGUGUACUGUCCUACUGUGUACUGUCCUACUGUCCUGCUGUGUACUGUCCUACUGUGUACUGUCCUACUGUGUACUGUCCUACUGUCCUGCUGUGUACUGUCCUACUGUGUACUGUCCUACUGUGUACUGUCCUACUGUCCUGCUGUGUACUGUCCUACUGUGUACUGUCCUACUGUGUACUGUCCUACUGUCCUGCUGUGUACUGUCCUACUGUGUACUGUCCUACUGCGUACUGUCCUACUGUGUACUGUCCUGCUGUGUACUGUCCUGCUGUGUACUGUGUACUGUCCUGCUGUGUACUGUCCUGCUGUGUACUGUCCUACUGUGUACUGUCCUACUGUCCUGCUGUGUACUGUCCUGCUGUGUACUGUCCUACUGUCCUGCUGUGUACUGUCCUGCUGUGUACUGUCCUACUGUCCUGCUGUAUACUGUCCUACUGUGUAAUGUCCUACUGUCCUGCUGUGUACUGUCAUGCUGUGUGCUGUCCUACUGUCCUGCUGUGUACUGUCCUGCUGUGUACUGUCCUGCUGUGUACUGUCCUACUGUGUACUGUCCUACUGUGUACUGUCCUACUGUCCUGCUGUGUACUGUCCUACUGUGUACUGUCCUACUGUGUACUGUCCUACUGUGUACUGUCCUGCUGUAUACUGUCCUACUGUGUUCUGUCCUGCUGUGUACUGUCCUGCUGUGUACUGUCCUGCUGUGUACUGUCCUGCUGUGUACUGUCCUGCUGUAUACUGUCCUACUGUGUACUGUUCUACUGUCCUACUGUGUACUGUCCUGCUGUGUACUGUCCUACUGUGUACUGUCCUACUGUGUACUGUCCUACUGUGUACUGUCCUGCUGUACACUGUCCUGCUGUGUACUGUCCUGCUGUGUACUGUCCUGCUGUGUACUGUCCUGCUGUGUACUGUCCUACUGUCCUGCUGUGUACUGUCCUGCUGUGUACUGUCCUACUGUGUACUGUCCUACUGUCCUGCUGUGUACUGUCCUGCUGUGUACUGUCCUACUGUGUACUGUCCUACUGUCCUGCUGUGUACUGUCCUGCUGUGUACUGUCCUACUGUCCUGCUGUGUACUGUCCUGCUGUGUACUGUCCUACUGUCCUGCUGUAUACUGUCCUACUGUGUAAUGUCCUACUGUCCUGCUGUGUACUGUCAUGCUGUGUGCUGUCCUACUGUCCUGCUGUGUACUGUCCUACUGUGUACUGUCCUACUGUGUACUGUCCUACUGUCCUGCUGUGUACUGUCCUACUGUGUACUGUCCUACUGUGUACUGUCCUACUGUGUACUGUCCUGCUGUAUACUGUCCUACUGUGUGCUGUCCUGCUGUGUACUGUCCUGCUGUGUACUGUCCUACUGUGUACUGUCCUGCUGUAUACUGUCCUACUGUGUACUGUCCUACUGUACUACUGUGUACUGUCCUACUGUGUACUGUCCUGCUGUGUACUGUCCUGCUGUGUACUGUCCUACUGUGUAAUGUCCUUCUGUGUACUGUCCUACUGUGUACUGUCCUUCUGUGUACUGUCCUACUGUCCUGCUGUGUACUGUCCUACUGUGUACUGUCCUGCUGUGUACUGUCCUACUGUGUACUGUCCUUCUGUGUACUGUCCUACUGUCCUGCUGUGUACUGUCCUACUGUGUACUGUCCUGCUGUGGACUGUACUGCUGUGUACUGUCAUACUGUGUACUGUCCUAAUGUGUGCUGUCCUACUGUGUACUGUCCUGCUGUGUACUGUCCUGCUGUGUACUGUCCUGCUGUGUACUGUCCUGCUGUGUACUGUCCUACUGUAUACUGUCCUACUAUGUACUACUGUGUACUGUCCUACUGUAUACUGUCCUACUAUGUACUAUUGUGUACUGUCCUGCUGUUUACUGUCCUGCUGUGUACUGUCCUGCUGUGUACUGUCCUACUGUAUACUGUCCUACUAUGUACUACUGUGUACUGUUCUGCUGUGUACUGUCCUGCUGUGUACUGUCCUUCUGUGUACUGUCCUACUGUGUACUGUCCUGCUGUGUACUGUCCUGCUGUGUACUGUCCUGCUGUGUACUGUCCUGCUGUGUACUGUCCUACUGGCCUGCUGUGUACUGUCCUACUGGCCUGCUGUGUACUGUCCUGCUGUGUACUGUCCUACUGUCCUGCUGUGGACUGUCCUGCUGUGUACUGUCCUGUUGUGUACUGUCCUGCUGUGUACUGUCCUGCUGUAUACUGUCCUGCUGUGUACUGUCCUGCUGUGUACUGUCCUGCUGUGGACUGUCCUGCUGUGGACUGUCCUGCAGUAAACUGUCCUGCUCUGUACUGUCCUACUGUGCACUGUCCUGCUGUGGACUGUCAUGCUGUGUACUGUCCUACUGUGUACUGUCCUGAUGUGUACUGUCCUGCUGUGUACUGUCCUACUGUACUGCUGUGUACUGUCCUACUGUCCUGCUGUGUACUGUCCUGCUGUGUACUGUCCUACUGUGUACUGUCCUACUGUCCUGCUGUGUACUGUCCUGCUGUGUACUGUCCUACUGUCCUGCUGUGUACUGUCCUGCUGUGUACUGUCCUACUGUCCUGCUGUAUACUGUCCUACUGUUUACUGUCCUACUCUUCUGCUGUGUACUGUCAUGCUGUGUACUGUCCUACUGUCCUGCUGUGUACUGUCCUGCUGUGUACUGUCCUGCUGUUUACUGUCCUGCUGUGUACUGUCCUACUGUGUACUGUCCUUCUGUCCUGCUGUGUACUGUCCUACUGUGUACUGUCCUAAUGUGUACUGUCCUGCUGUGUACUGUCCUGCUGUGUACUGUCCUGCUGUAUACUGUCCUACUGUGUACUGUCCUACUGUCCUGCUGUGUACUGUCCUGCUGUGUACUGUCCUACUGUGUACUGUCCUACUGUGUACUGUCCUACUGUGUACUGUCCUGCUGUAUACUGUCCUACUGUGUACUGUCCUGCUGCGUACUGUCCUGCUGUAUACUGUCCUACUGUGUACUGUCCUGCUGUGUACUGUCCUGCUGUGUACUGUCCUGCUGUAUACUUUCCUACUGUGUACCAUCCUACUGUCCUGCUGUGUACUGUCCUGCUGUGUACUGUCCUACUGUGUACUGUCCUACUGUCCUGCUGUGUACUGUCCUGCUGUGUACUGGCCUACUGUGUACUGUCCAUAUGUGUACUGUCCUACUGUCCUGCUGUGUGCUGUCCUACUGUGUACUGUCAUACUGUCCUGAUGUGUACUGUCCUUCUGUGUACUGUCCUACUGUGUACUGUCCUUCUGUGUACUGUCCUACUGUCCUGCUGUGUACUGUCCUGCUGUGUACUGUCCUACUGUGUAAUGUCCUGAUGUGUACUGUCCUUCUGUAUACUGUCCUACUGUCCUGCUGUGUACUGUCCUACUGUGUACUGUCCUACUGUCCUGCUGUGUAAUGUCCUGCUGUGUACUGUCCUUCUGUGUACUGUCCUACUGUCCUGCUGUGUACUGUCCUGCUGUGGACUGUCCUGCUGUGUACUAUCCUGCUUUGUACUGUCCUGCUGUGUACUGUCCUGCUGUGCACUGUCCUACUGUGUACUGUCCUGCUGUGGACUGUCCUGCUGUGUACUGUCCUGCUGUGUACUGUCCUACUGUGGACUGUCCUGCUGUGUACUGUCCUACUGUGUACUGUCCUGCUGUAUACUGUCCUACUGUGUACUGUCCUACUGUGUACUGUCCUACUGUCCUGCUGUGUACUGUCCUGCUGUGUACUGUUCUACUGUGUACUGUCCUACUGUCCUUCUGUGUACUGUCCUGCUGUAUACUGUCCUGCUGUGUACUGAUCUACUGUGUACUGUCCUACUGAUCUUCUGUGUACUGUCCUGCUGUAUACUGUCCUGCUGUGUACUGUCCUACUGUGUACUGUCCUACUGUGUACUGUCCUACUGUCCUUCUGUGUACUGUCCUGCUGUGUACUGUCCUACUGUGUACUGUCCUACUGUGUACUGUCCUACUGUCCUGCUGUGUACUGUUCUACUGUGUACUGUCCUACUGUGUACUUUCCUGCUGUAUACUGUCCUGCUGUGUACUGUCCUACUGUCCUGCUGUGUACUUUCCUGCUGUGUACUGUCCUAAUGUGUACUGUCCUACUGUGUACUGUCCUACUGUGUACUGUCUGCUGUGUACUGUCCUACUGUGUACUGUCUGCUGUGUAAUGUCCUUCUGUGUACUGUCCUACUGUGUACUGUCCUGCUGUCCUGCUGUGUACUGUCCUACUGUCCUGCUGUGUACUGUCCUGCUGUGUACUGUCCUACUGUCCUGCUGUGUACUGUCCUACUGUGUACUGUUCUUCUGUGUACUGUCCUGCUGUGUACUGUCCUACUGUCCUGCUGUGUACUGUCCUACUGUCCUGCUGUGUACUGUCCUACUGUCCUUCUGUGUACUGUCCUACUGUGUACUGUCCUACUGUCCUGCUGUGUACUGUCCUACUCUGUACUGUCCUUCUGUGUACUGUCCUACUGUCCUGCUGUGGACUGUCCUGCUGUGAACUGUCCUGCUGUGUACUGUUUUCUGUGUACUGUCCUACUGUGUACUGUCCUGCUGUGUACUGUCCUACUGUGUACUGUCCUACUGUCCUGCUGUGUACUGUCCUGCUGUGGACUGUCCUGCUGUGUGCUGUCCUGCUGUGUACUGUCCUGCUGUGUACUGUCCUACGGUGUACUGUCCUACUGUGUACUGUCCUACUGUCCUGCUGUGUACUGUCCUGCUGUGUGCUGUCCUACUGUGUACUGUCCUACUGUGUACUGUCCUGCUGUGUACUGUCCUACUGUGUACUGUCCUACUGUGUACUGUCCUGCUGUGUACUGUCCUACUGUGUACUGUCCUGCUGUAUACUCUCCUACUGUGUACUUGGGUUCCUGUCCCUGCUGUGUACUGGUCCUGCUGUGUACUGUCCUGUCCUGCUGUGUACUGCCCUGCUGUCCUGCUGUGUACUGUCCUGCUGUGUACUGUCCUGCUGUCCUGCUGUGUACUGUCCUGCUGUCCUGCUGUGUACUGUCCUGCUGUGUACUGUCCUGCUGUGUACUGUCCUGCUGUGUACUGUCCUGCUGUCCUGUUGUGUACUGUCCUGCUGUGUACUGUCCUGCUGUGUACUCUCCUACUGUGUACUGUCCUGCUGUGUACUGUCCUGCUGUAUACUGUCCUGCUGCGUACUUUCCUACUGUGUACUAUCCUACUGUCCUACUGUGUACUGUCCUGCUGUGUACUGUCCUGCUGUGUACUCUCCUACUGUGUACUGUCCUACUGUCCUACUGUGUACUGUCCUGCUGUGUACUCUCCUACUGUGUACUGUCCUGCUGUGUACUGUCCUGCUGUGCGCUGUCCUGCUGUAUACUCUCCUGCUUUGUAAUGUCCUGCUGUGUGCUGUGAGACAAGUCAUGUUCAAACAGGCUAAACCGUCGUCUGUCACAAUGUCGUCACCAUUGAUGAUGGCUAUCAAUCAUUGUGGACAGGCGACUCUAUGGUAAUAUCGCCCUACUCUACUGUCCAGGGAGCUACAGGAGUUAUGAGAGUACUACACUGCGUCCCACCCCCACCAAGCAGAAGACGGCGGUGGAGGAGGAGCAGUCCAACCUGAUCCGCUGCAUGAGUGAUGCUUCCCUGGUGAAGAGGAGGGUGAAGAGGAGUCCCUCACAGAGAGAGAGGAACAGGAAACAUUGCUUCUCCAUCAAUGGACACUUCUACAACUACAAGGUAACAUCAAUGAGAGAACUGACCUGAUCAUUACUUACCUAGGACAUGAUUUGAUCCAUCAAAUCACAUUGGACUUCAAUGAAAGUGAUGUCCUUAAAAUAAUCAUGUUUUUGGUGUAAUAGCUACUGUCUCAUAGUUAGUCAGUCCCUCUUCCUCUCUCUCUAUCUCUCUCUAUCGCUAUCAUCUCUUCUCUCUCUCCUGUCUAUCUCUCUCGUGCGGUACUCGUGGUUUCUCAUCUCCUGCGCUCUCUAUCGAGAGACGCUCGCAGCAGCGAAGCUGCCCCCGCGCGCGAGCGGCGCGCUCUGGCGCUCGCUAGCGCUCGCGCGAGCGGCGCGCGCGCGCGAGCGCGCGGGGGCGCUUGAGGUGAGAGGGCAGGGGCGCGCGGAGCGCGAGGAGAGCGCGCGCGCGCGCGAGUCGACGGGCGGCGCGCGGGCGCGCGGGGUCGCGGGGCGGAGCGCGCGCGAGCGAGGAGAAGGAGAUGUGGGGAGAUGAGAGAGAGACGCAGAAGAGACGACGAGAGAGAUGAAAGAGAGAGAGAGAGAGAGAGGCGAGGGACGCGCGAGAGAGCGCGCGCGAGGAGAGAGAGAGAGAGCGAGGAGAGCGAGCGCGAGAUAGAGCGCGAGCGAGCGCGAGCGAGGAGGCGCCGCAGUAGCGCGCGAUCGCGAGCGCGUAGCGCUCGGGGGCAGGCGUGAGAGAGGCCUGUCGCUCUCUCUCUCUAUAUCUCGCUGCCUCUCUCUCUAUAUCGCUAGCUAUAGCUCUGUCUCUCUAGGCGCUAGAUCGCGCGAUAGCUAGCGCGAGAGAUAGAGAAUGCGUUGGGGGGGAGACGGGCGAGGGAAUGGGGCGAGAGAAAACGAAAGCGCGCGCGAGAUAGCGCAGCGCGCGAGACGAGAGCGAGGAGAUCGCGCGACGGCGAGAGCUGCUAGCGCGAGCGCAUACUAUCGCCUCUCUCUAGCUCUCUCGCUCUCUCUUCUCUCGUCUCCUCCUCUCUAGUAUAUCUUCUCUCUCUUCAUCUUCUCUCUCUCUUUUUCUCUUUCUUGCCGGUCUCUCUCUCUCUCUCUCUCUCUCUCUCUCUCUCUCUCUCUUCCUACUCGUCUCUGUCUCUCUCUCUCUAUCUCAGUGCUCUGGAGUGUUUGAGUUGAGGAGGUAGUGUGGAGGCUGUUUCCUAACUUAGUUUCUUGAUUCUUUCCUGUCUUUCUUUCAAUGUUUAUUUUCUAUGGUGGAGGGUUAAUGCACUGUUGUUUAGUGGUACCCACUGUUUUUGUUCAAUGUUAGGGAGGAAGAGGACAGAGUUUAAGUUUCCUGGGGUUUGAACGGUGUGGUGUGUGCGAUGGCUUCGCAGCCUAGUGCGGAGGAGACGCUGUCGUUACGGCGUGGUCCUCUGUAGCUCAAUUGGUAGAGCAUGGCGCUUGUAACGCCAGGGUAGUGGGUUCGAUCCCCGGGACCACCCAUACGUAAAAAUGUAUGCACACAUGACUGUAAGUCGCUUUGGAUAAAAGCGUCUGCUAAAAUGGCAUAUUAUUAUUAUUAUUAUUAUGGUUUCAGGUGUGUUCCUGAGAUUGGAGUUAGGUGGAGGAAUGUAUACAUUCUGCAUCCAGAAUGAACAAAGCUGUGGUUGUGUUCAUGAAAUAGAAAUUUAGUGGCUAGACUGAUUGCUAGUGGAAUAUUUGUAAGGGAUGUGUUGGUGCCAAUUUCUCCUCUUUCGACAAGGGUGGUAGUUGCGAAUCUGCCUCCAUUUAUUACGGAAGAUCAAAUCCGAAAAGAGCUGGGUAGUUUUGGUAAGUUUGCUACCGGUUGCCGUGUACUGUCGGUAGGUUUUCAUGCAGAUGCCGUUAAGCAUGUUGUUUCGUUCCGGAGGCAAGUGUUCAUGUAUCUGAAUAACAAUGAGCAACAGUUAAAUGGGCAUUUUAAAGUGAGGCAUGGGGAGGGGCUCUACGCAGGGUUUGCCAGCACAGAUAGUCUACGGUGCUUUGAAUGUGGGGAUUUGGGGCAUAAGAGCUUUGCGUGCCCACAUAAAGGCCGUAGACAAGGUGAGGGAUCAAGCACCAGUGGGGGAAAUCGAGGUCAACGUGCAGGAGGCCAUGAGACGCAGGCAGCAGAGGCUGGAUGGUGGUGUAGAUGAGACUGGGCCUAGUCAUGUCAUGGAUGGUGGUGUAGAUGAGACUGGGUCUAGUCAUGUCAUGGAUGGUGGUGUAGAUGAGACUGGGUCUAGUCAUGUCAUGGAUGGGGUGUAGAUGAGACUGGGGUCUAGUCAUGUCAUGGAUGGUGUUGUUGUAGAUGAGGCGGGUAUAGUCAUGCUAUAGAUGGUGGUGUAGAUGGGGCUGGGUCUAGUCAUGCUAUAGAUGGUGGUGUAGAUGAGGCUGGGUCUAGUCAUGUCAUGGAUGGUGGUGUAGAUGAGACUGGGUCUAGUCAUGUCAUGGAUGGUGGUGUAGAUUAGACUGGGUCUAGUGAUGGAGGUAGAGCUGGUGGGGCAAGGCAAUGUAGGCCUCCAGGCUAAUUUAGCUGAACUACGUAGGGACCUGGACAGUUUCUUCCAGGUUAAAGCAAAGGCGAGCAUUUGUAAGAGCUAGUUCUCCAUGCUCAAGGAGAUGGAUGCUCCCAGCUCCUUCUUCUUUGGUUUGGAAAGGACAGAGCGGUUGAUGAGCCAAGGGUAUGCAUUGUCUACGGCUGUCAGAUGGGCGGGUGACCUCUGUGGUGGGGGAGAUGCGGGAGCAGACCGUGGAGUUUUAUACUGAGUUGUAUAGGGCAGAACUGUGUGAUCCUAUGUAUGCUCAGGUUUUGUUUGCAGAACUCCCUAAGCUCUCUCUGGCACAGAGGGAUGAUCUGGACAUUCCCCUGUUGUCCCAUGAACUGGCAGAGACCGUAACCCAGAUGUCCCCCAGCCGUGCCCCGGGGGUCGAUGGACUCCCAGUGGAGUUUUAUAAAAAGAAUUCUGGGGAAUAAUUUGACUAGACUUCUUUUGCGUGGGCGGCUCUGACUCUCCUGCCCAAAGAAAGGGGACUUGUGUGAACUUAAGAACUGAAGGCCUGUGGCAUUGCUCAUUGCGGACUACAAGAUAUUUGCCAAGGUCCUCGCUAACAGACUGAAGUCCCAUCUGGACUCUAUGCACACAAGGACCAGACUAUUGUGUACCGGGCCGCUCAAUCACGGACAACUUGGUCUUAAUCAGGGACAGUUGGCUUGUCGAGAGUUUCUAAUGUGAACUUUGGAUGGUCUCUUAGACCAAGAGAAGGCUUUGAUAGAGUGGACCAUGAGUAUCUGUUGAAUGUGAUGUUUUGGGUUUGGGGGAAAUUAUUUUGGCCUGUGUGAAGAUGUAUGCGGGGCCAUGUUGGUAAAGGGUGGGAGGGGGGCUAGUAGGACAGUCUGGUUGGGGCGGGAAAUUAGACAAGGAUGCUCUCUAUGGGGGCCCAGUUAUAUACACUAUUUGGGUUGGGGCCUGCUACGCAGGAGACGGGCGGGGAGUGUGCUGGACAGACAUGGGUGGCUGGACAGGAAGCAGUGCCCGGUAUGAGAUUACGUUUCUGUGAUGGUCAGGAUGGGCAGGAUAUGCAGGCACUAGAGACUAGUCUGAAGGUGUAGAGGGCUUCGUCAGCUAAGGAAACUGGGGCAAACAAAGCUCUGUUAUGUGGGACAUGGAGGGAUAGGGCCCCACCUCUGCUUCCAGGGGGUUUGCAGUGGGGUUGUGAAGGGCUUAACUUUUUUGGGGGUGUAUUUGGGCUCGGAGAGGUGGGUCAGGAAGAACUCUGAGGUGCCCUGUUCAAAAAGGGGGGGCCCCAGUGGGGGGUGUCAAGAAAACUGGCCCCAUGUGGAGAGGGGGGGCUCCUGGUCCCAAGUUGUCAUAAAAGAGGGAAGGGGGGGCUGAGAAUUCAAAAACACCGGUGUGGCAUCUUCUUUUCCCUUUUGGUGGGGGGGGAAAUUUAAAAACGGGGGGGGGGGCUUGGGUUCACCCCAGACUGGGGGCCGCAUCGCGACGGGGAAGACGGCGGUUGGUGGACUCUUUCCCGGGGGCGGGGCCACAUGGGUUUGAGGGGCGGCAUUGUUGGAAUAAUGUCCAACUAAAGGAAACAUCCCUGGUGGGAACUGGGGGGGGUUUGGCUGGCAUUCCGACUAAGGGACCAGCCGCGCUGUAAAGACUGUUUGGGUUUGGCUGGGGAGGGGGAAACCAGAUGCGGCUGUUUGGGAGAGCUGGCGGAUUAGGGUUGGACUGGCAGCUGUUCCCAGGGGGGCACUGCUGAGUCGGUAAACGGGGGGGUGUUUGAGCGGCCAAAGGGGGAGGGGCCACCAAUGUUUCCACCACUGCAGGUGACGGCAGAGACUGGGGACUGGCAAGGGGUCUGGAGGACUUUAGAUUUUAACACUCCGAGCCUGGGGGAGUUUGAGGGGGUGGCAGGUAAAGCCCUCUACAACCUCUGCAUUAAGGUGAGGAACAUUAGGAGCCUAACAGGAGUGAAGGCACAUCAUUGGCAGAGGGUAUGUGGGCCGGAGAGUAUGGAGGGGGCUCUACAAACUCCCAGUACCAAAGAGGUCAGGGGACCUCCAGCGGAGGGUUCUACAUGGAGCCCUGGCCACUAACAGCUGGUUGGCACGGGUUGAACCUUUCUGUCUUUUUGUCCUUUCUGUGUCAUGAGUGAAACUGUGCACCAUGUAUUUUCUGUGUGCGCCAGGUUAAUGCCAUUAAUGUCUCAGUUGGAAUGUCUGUGUGAGAGGUUGGGGGUGGAGUUUACUGUCGGGAGGUUUAUAAUGGGGUACAGGUAUUCAAAUAAGGAAAAGGACAAAUGUGUGUUGUUGAAUUUUCUGUUUGCUUAGGCAAAGUUGGCUAUUUGGCUAACAAGGUGGAACAGGGUCAAAGGUGGGGGGAUAACAGACCCUUUACUAUUAUUUAAUGGGAUGGUCUCUGCGCGCCUUAGGGUGGAAUUUGAGUUCUAUAAAAUGAUAAACAGUGUGGAGAUGUUUCAGGAGAUAUGGUGUGUUGGGGGGGCUGUCUGUACAGCUGGGGAAGAUGGGUUGGAUAUACGGUUGUAGAAGUGGUAAGGUUUGGGUCAUUGUGAUGUGUGGUGUUGUUUUGUAUCGUGGGGUAGAGGGCAAGGUGAGCAUGCAGUACAGGGGAUAUUUGUUUUUUAAAGGGGGGUGGGGGGGUUAAUGAAUUGAGGAUGUAUCACUAAAGAAAGACAAAAAGUCAAAAGUCUCUCUCUCUUUCUCUCUCCCCUCUAUUUCUCUCUCCCCUCUCUUUCUCCCUCUCUCGCUCUCUCUUCCAUCUCUUUCUUUCUCCCCCCUCUCUCUCUCGCUCUCCCAUCUCUUUAUCUCCCCCCUCUCUAUUUCUCUCUAUUUCUCUCUCCCCGCUCUCUCUCUCUUUCUCUCUCUCCAGACAUCUAUAUUCACCCCAUCCUAUGGAACAUCCACUAAUGUCCGCAUCAACAGCAAAAUGACAACACAUCAGGUCAUAUCACAGCUCCUUCAGAAAUUCAAGGUGAAUUGUAUCAAAUUACCAGUUCAUUAAUAACAAUAUGCUAGAAUAUAUUUGAAAAAUGCAAAGGUAAUAAUUUAACUACAAACUGUAUUGUACUGUUGUUAGAUCACUUGAGGGAAGGCUUCUGGUUUGGAUCCAUUACCGGUGUGUUUCCACUUUGUGUUGCAGAUAGAGAAUGAUCCUAAUGAGUUCGCCCUCUACUGUGUUCAUCAAAGCGGAGGUACGUUGUAUCAUUCUCUUUCAUAACACCACUGAUGCUGCAGUUAGGUUCUCCAGGGUUAGGGUUCUCCAGGGUUAGGGUUCUCGAGGGUUCUCCAGGGAUAGGGUUCUCCACAGUUAGGGUUCUCCAUGUUGGUCUCCAGGUUCACCAGGUUAGGAUCUCCACGGGUUUGGGUUUUUCCACGGUUAGGGUUCUCCAGGGUUCUCCAGGGAUAGGGUUAAUAGUGUAUGUCUGUUUCCUCCUAUAGAGAAGAAGAAGCUGUCUGAUUCAGACCUGCCACUGUGGGAGAGGGUUCUCCAGGGCCCAGCGGAGAACAUCAUGAAGAUGUUCCUCAUGGACAGAGAUGAAGAUGAAGUCAGCAACGAUGUGAGUGUCUUUCUUCAGCAGGGUUUUGGGGCCAGAAUGAGUUUUGGACACUAACCACACACUUCAGUUUGAUAACCAGUGUGCUAACUCUUGGCUAUGACUGGCUCCGCUCUCUGCCCAGGUGGCCCAGUACCUAAACCUGGAGCUGCCCAUCCUGGAGGGGGUUCUAGUGAAGCUGAAGGACGAGGAGAAAACAUGA